AAAAAUAUCAUCCAAGCAACCUCUUGAAGCUGAGAGGUACAGUCAAGGUGUUGGGGCAAUUUUGCUUCUAGAUGAUGACAGUAUCAUAGUUGGAGCUGGAGAUGGGACUGUGGACAUGGUCAGGGAGCGAGAUGUUAGUCCUGACAGUCUGAUACAAAAAGGACAUGGAAAAUUGAUCAAUCCAUCUCUUCCAAUGUUGAUUAUGAUCCGUUUCAUGUGGGCUCAACAGUUACAUCAGCUCAAAAAACUAGGAGAUGAACUUCUAAUUGGAACAAUUCAAUGUGAACUUUAUGUUAUUAACAUGAAAACAUUUUCUGUCAAACUAAUGGCCACAUGUCACACCUCUACAAUUUACGACAUCGCAUUUCCUAGUCAAUACUCUGAUGUGUUUGCAACUGCAAGCAAAGAUGAUGUUCGUGUAUGGAGUGUACAAACUUCUCAAGAGCUGUUGCGCAUUUCUGUUCCUAACUUUACCUGUUCUGGAGUGAUAUUUACACAUGAUGGAAAAGCAAUCAUUACUUCUUGGAAUGAUGGGACUAUCAGAGCAUUCACUCCUCAAUCAGGACGCCUAAUUUUCACCAUACUGAGUGCUCACAAUAAAGGUGUGUCAGCCAUCGCAAUUACUACAGACAACUGCAAGAUUAUCAGUGGUGGUGGGGAAGGACAGGUUAGAGUGUGGGAUGUGAAACCAUCCAUGCAGACACUCCAGUUUGUGCUGAAGGAACACAAAGGUCCUGUCUCUUCAAUAGACGUCAGCAAUACCAACAAAGAGGCAGUGACAGCCAGCACUGAUGGAACAUGCAUCAUUUGGAAUAUUGAAAGUGGCUCAAGACUAGCCAUUCUCUUCUCCUCAACUUUGUUCAUGUGUGUGCGCUACCACCCUAGUAGUUGCCAAGUAAUCACUUGUGGAACAAACAGAAUGAUUGGUUACUGGGAAAUAUUUGAUGGCUCUCUCAUAAGAGAAGUAGAAGGUUCAAAAUCGUCAGCUCUCAACACACUUGAUAUUACAGCAAAUGGAAAACACUUUGCUACUGGAGGAAGUGAUCAAAUUAUUAAGGUGUGGAAGUAUAAGGAAGGUAUCACUACUCAUGUCGGUGUGGGUCACGCAGGGGUUAUCACCGGGGUGAGAUUUAGUCCUGACCUGCGCACUAUUGUCAGCACGAGCGCUGAUGGAGCAAUCUUUCUGUGGCGCUGUCCUACCAUGGAGCAGCUGACGCCCCCGGGAACAGCUGACAGCAUCAGCUCCAGGAGCACAUGCAGUAUACGGGAGAGGAAAUUAAAGAACACUGAGAAUAUAUCACAAAUAUCUCCUACACAGAGUGUUCGAGCUCAUGGUGCACAAGAACAGGAACCUUCAAUGUGUCCAGCUGGCGGCUCAGUCAAGUGCUACUGCAGUGGAAAAUGCAAAUGUAAAGCAGGUUUCAACCAGUGAAUUUUCUUAUCUGGUGCAUGUUGUGGAAUCUAUCUGAAGGAAAAAUCAUAAUAAUAGAACAAGUUUUAUGGAAACUGCCAAUCACAGAUUUAAGUCAAAUUCGCAUAUGUGUUCCUAAAUAAAAUUGUUUUUCACAACAGCAUAAUAAAUUGCACAUUUUUACAACAAA